CUCCUUCUUCAUUGCCUCUGUCACUUGUGUAGUUGUGUGCAUAAAGAAUAUCUAUCUCCCAUGGCCACUCUUCUCUAAAACUGAAGGUACAGCGUUCGUGCUUCUUCCUUCCAUAAAAAGGCUUCCGCCGGAAACCUCGGCUCGCCGGAGAACUGAACAAACGCCUUCGAUAUCCCGGCAGCGUUCGAUUUCCGAUUGAAAAAAGCAUGAAAGUUGGAAACUUUUUCUAAAUCCGGAUCAAGAUAUUUCUGGGAUUUAGUAAACUUUUCGGGAAGCUUUAUUGUUGUUAGUUUGAAUUGGAAGUCUGUUUAGCUUUUCGGGUGAGUGAGAAAAUGGGAGUGAAAGUUGCGGCGGCGGCGGCGACGUGUUUGCAUUGGUCACAGCCUUCGGUUUCUCGGUCGCCGUCUUUUGCUCAAACCCUCGCGUCGGUAAUUUCAUCUCCUUCCCAGAAACGACGUAGUUUGAUAUGUAGUGAACGGUCCGGUUUGUUCGGAGCUCAUUCGCCGAACCUCUCCCGGUCCCGAUCGUGUCAGUACCCGAACCGCCGGGUCCGAUUGAUCCGACGAGCCUGCAGUGGUAGCCUAAGUUCUUUCUCGAACGAGGAAUUUUCUCAAGAACCAGGGAGUUAUUCUGGUGCCAUGUUUUCCGAUAAUCAGAAACCUUUUGAUGUGGUGGAGCCGGAGCCGCCGGGUUGGGCCGGGAGGGAGGAGAUGAUUCCGGCGAGCAUUGAACGGAAGGCCAACAGCGUUGAUCUCCCCCUAUCUCUCAGGAUCAUAAAGAGAAAGAAGCAAUGGCAAAAGGGGGUGAGAGAGGCAGGGGAAUCAGCAUAUUGUUCUGUGAAGAAAGCAUUCUCAAACAUGGUUCUCAUAAUCCGAGAACUCAACACCUAUCUUCUGCAGACGAGAGAAAUGCUGUCUUAUGAAGAGCUUCAAGGGGUUCUAAUCAGGGUCGAGAAGGAGAUCCACGCCUCGUUCGUGUGGCUCUUCCAGCAAGUCUUCUCCCAUACCCCAACUCUCAUGGUGUAUGUGAUGAUCCUUCUGGCCAAUUUCAGUGUCCAUUCCAUGGCCACCACUGCUGCUGUAACACCCACCAUUGAAGCUGUUUCUAUUGUGAAUGAUGAUCAUCAAAAGUUCGAUUCUUCAGCCAUUAAAACCUUUUCGAUCUCCUCAUCCAAUGGCAAUAGCACAACGAUUGAUGGAAGCAAUGGUGGUGGUGGUGGGAAGUACAGACCGGUUGCUAAUGGCACGGAUGGUGAUGGCGGAUUUGACAGACAAUUGUCUUCAGAUGGGAAGUCUUCUAUCGGGAACAUGACUAGGACUAGCGAAGACGAGUCUGUGUCUGGCCAAGUUGCCAGGGAAGACGAGUUGAGGCUGUGGGAUUCGAUUGUUGAUGAGGCUUCAAGAAUGCAGUCUGUACUAAGAGAUGAAUCUCUGGGCCAUGGAGCAAUAUUUGUGUCACCCGUGUAUGCAAAGAUUGAAUCCGAUGAUUAUAGCGAUUACUUCAGAACUGAGAUGAUGUAUCAGAUAGGACUUGAUCAAGAACCCAACAAUUCCAUGUUACUCGCAAAUUAUGCUCAGUUUCUUCACCUAGUUGCCCAAGACUAUGACAGAGCGGAGGAAUACUUCAAGAGAGCAACGGGGGUAGAACCGAGGGAUGCUGAUGCACUGAACAAAUACGCGACAUUUCUUUGGCAGGUGAGGAAGGACCUUUGGGGUGCUGAGCAAAGAUACCAAGAUGCUGUUGCUGCUGCUGAGCCUAACAACUCCUUCUAUGCAGCAUGCUAUGCUCAUUUCCUGUGGAGCACUGGCGGCGAGGACACUUGCUUCCCUCUCGACACCAGCAACGAAUGAUGUUUAAUCCCCCAACCGAAACAUGGGAAAAUAGCAGCACGUAAGAUGUAGGAUACGCGAUACACAACACUGUUUUUAAUCCUGUUAUGAACUUGUUCAUAAUCAAUCUGUAGCUAGCCUUGAAGGGGAUGGAGUCCAUGUCCAUGGCUUAAAAGUUAAAACUGUUUGGUCAUUGGCUUCUUCUGUCACCUGAAGAGCUGUGGUGGAGGAGAAUGGGAUUCUGGUGGUUCUUAAGAGUUCAAGAAAAGAAGGUUUGUUUGUUCUUUUCACAACAGCCUUACUCCAUAUUGCAGGAAUGCAGGGCCAGAAACAAGAAGACUGCUUUGUUUGUGUUUCUCUGUAUUCUUCUCUUCUUGUUCAUCCCUCUUUACUAAAACUUUAUGUUUGAGUCAUGUGUUGAUUGGUAUAGAAUCACAUGCCCAAUUGUAAUUAAACUUUAAUUUGUUUAAUAUCUUAAUAGAUAUAUAUAUAUUUUUGUCA